CAACCGGACCGGUUAUGAACAUCCAUAAUAUGAUUUAUAACAUUAUUCUUUUUGAAAAUUUUGACAGUCGUACGACGGGCGAGUAAAUUUGUGAAAAAAAGGAAGGAUAUACUGUAAAUUUGUGAAAAAAAGGAAGAGUCUAAUUCCAAAUACAUAAUUAUGCCAGCACGUAAAAGUUUACUAAGAAGCAAAUCUAAAUAUACAAAAUAGUCAAGAAAUACAAAAUACGUAAUGAAAGUAUUCAGUGAAAGUCCAGUACUUAUUAAGUUAUCAUUGGCAACCAUAUUUAAAAUGAUUUCUUACCAGUUAUAAGUUAUGUCACUUUGGUCAAGGUCUUUUCCUUCCUCUAAUAUAUUUGUUACUAUACACGAUUCUUUUGCACAUAUAUAUAUAUAUAUAUAUAUAUGCUUACGCACCACACUCAUUGCUCAAGACCAAACCAAAAACUAGCAGUCAUGGCUUCUGAAGUUAGCCACCACUCAUAUUCUUCGCUUCACUUUGUUCUCUUUCCCUUCAUGGCUCAAGGCCACAUGAUUCCCAUGGUCGAUAUUGCAAAGCUUUUGGCUCAGCGUGGUGUGGCCAUAACAAUCAUCACAACUCCUAACAACGCAGCGAGGUUCAAAAACGUCUUACACCGUGCCAUCGAGUCUGGCUUGUCCAUCAACCUGGUGCAUGUCAAGUUUCCACAUCAAGAAGCUGGUUUACCAGAAGGACAAGAGAACGUAGAUUUUCUUGAGUCGAUGGGGUCGAUGGCAACUUUUCUUAAAGCGGUUAACAUGCUCGAAGAACCGGUCCAGAAGCUUAUUGAUGAGAUGACACCUCAACCAAGCUGUAUCAUUUCUGAUAUGUGUUUGUUUUAUACAAACAAAAUUGCUAAGAGGUUGAAUAUACCAAAGAUCGUUUUCCAUGGCUUUUCUAGCUUUUGUCUUCUGUGUAUGCAUGUUUUACGCAAUAACCAUGAGAUGCUGGAGAAUAUAAAGUCAGACAAAGAGUAUUUCCUCCUUCCCUCUUUCCCUGACAAAGUUGAAUUUACAAAACUUCAAGCUCCUGUGGAUACACAUCCUGAGGGAGAUUGGAAAGAUGUGCUUAGCAAUUUGGACGAGGCGGACACCACAUCCUUUGGUGUUAUCGUCAACACCUUUGAAGAGCUCGAACCAGCUUAUGUCAAAGAACUCAAGGAGGCCAGAGAUGGUAAAGUAUGGACCCUUGGACCUGUUGCCUUGUGCAACAAGGUGGGAGCAGAUCAAGCUGAGAGGGGAAAGAAGGCAGACAUUAACCAAGAAGAUUGUCUUAAAUGGCUUGAUUCUAACGAAGAAGGGUCAGUGCUAUAUGUUUGCCUUGGUAGCAUUUGCAAUCUUACCUUGGAUCAGCUCAAGGAGCUCGGGCUAGGCCUUGAGGAAUCCAAAAGACCUUUCAUUUGGGUCAUAAGAAGCUGGGAGAAGUAUGAUGAGCUAGCUGAGUGGAUCUUGGAGAGCGGUUUCGAAGAAAGAAUCAAAGAGAGAGGCCUUCUCAUCAAAGGAUGGUCUCCUCAAAUGAUUAUUCUUCAACAUGUGUCUGUAGGAGGGUUCUUAACCCAUUGUGGAUGGAACUCAACUCUUGAGGGGAUAACAUCUGGUCUACCACUGCUUACAUGGCCGCUAUUUGCUGACCAAUUCUCCAAUGAGAAAUUGGUCGUGCAGGUGUUAAAAUCCGGUGUUAGAGUUGGGGUCGAUGAGCCUAUGAUAUGGGGUGAAGAGGAGAAAAUAGGAGUAUUGGUGGAUAAAGAGGGAGUUAAGAAAGCAGUGGAAGAGUUAAUGGGUGAUUCGGAUGACGCUAAGGAGAGAAGAAGAAGAGCCAAAGGGCUUGGAGAAUUAGCACAUAAGGCUGUGGACAAAGGAGGCUCUUCUCAUUCUAACAUCACUUUACUCAUAGAAGACAUUAUGGACCAAGUGAAAUCCAGAAACUGAUUACAUUGUUGUCUUGAUAUAUUAUGUAAGUUUUAUUCAAAUUAUCUUCUUCUUUUUGUCAAAUGUGAGUUUUAAGCUCCAAUAUUUUCCCUAGUCUCAAUUCGAAUUACUUUUUUUUCAAUACUCCAUCUCGUGUUCUAGCACUCUUCUUUACUCUAGUUCCAAAUAGGCGCAACACUUACGUAACCAAAAGUUUUGGCUUCAAUACUAUAGAACAUGUGUUUCUUAACCAGUUUAUGGUAACUGAAAUACUUCUCUUAGAUUAUGGGAGGCCAGAGUUCAAAUCCUUCCACUGAAAUUUCAGGGUUGGAAAAAAGAAUUCAGUACUAGUUGGCUAUUAUGAAUGUUAUAAAUAAAUAACAGAAAAAAUCAUACAGUAUAUUGUAGUUCAUUUUUUACAUGCAUGAGAUUAGAGGACCUCCUAGACUCCUAGUAUUACACAAGGUUCUUAAAAAAUACAAAAUAAAUAAAAAUUAUUAAAAAUGUGUAUCGUCGUCAGAUUUCUAGAAAGUAGUGAACUUUCAGAGCUAAUAGGCGAGCAAGUUACCAAUGGAAAGCGAUGAAGAAGAGCAGAUGGUUUUCUUGGAUCGUACAACUCGAGCAACACGGGGUAAACGGUAAGAGAACCACUCAAGCUAAGCUUCUAUUACUUGAUCAAUGGGUUUAACCGUUUAACUAGAGCUGUAAACUGGGUUAGUCUACGUCCAUUAGCUCAUAUCCAUUUGUCCAUUUAUUGUUUGCGGUCAGAAAGUGACCAUGUCCGUUAAGAACCGUCCAUUAAGGACUAGACUCACUAACACCCAUGUUUAAAUGGGAUGCCAUAGAGUCCAUAAUAGACCAUAUAAGAAAAGUUUAAAUUUUGCGGUUUUGGCGGAAAAAGUCAAUUUUGCGGUU